UGGGCCAGUGAGCUCAUGGCAAAGGCGCCCAGCAGGGUGGGGGUGGGGGGUGCCCUGGCUUAUAAAGCCCCCGAGGCCCUGGGGCCUGCAGAGGCUGCGAUAGACGGCGCCAUGGAGGGCUCCGAGGCAGUGCAGAGGGCCACAGCGCUUAUCGAGGAGCGGCUGGCGCAGGAGGAAGAGAAUGAGAAACUCCGAGGAACCACACAGCACAAGCUGCCCAUGGACAUGCUGGUGUUGGAGGAUGAGAAGCACCACGGGGCUCAGAGUCUGGCCUUACAGAAGGUUAAGGGCCAAGAGCGUGUGCGCAAGACGUCCCUAGAUCUUCGCCGGGAGAUCAUUGACGUGGGGGGGAUCCAGAACCUCAUCGAGCUGCGGAAAAAACGCAAGCAGAAGAAGCGGGAAGCCCUGGCGGCCUCCCAGGAGCCACCUCCAGAGCCUGAGGAGAUCACUUGCCCUGUGGAAGAAGAGACAUUCCUGAAAGCGGCAGUGGAAGGGAAAAUGAAGGUCAUUGAGAAGUUCCUGGCCGACGGGGGUUCCCCGGACGCAUGUGAUCAGUUCCACCGGACAGCACUUCAUCGAGCUUCCCUGGAAGGUCACAUGGAGAUCCUGGAGAAGCUUCUGGAGCAUGGGGCCACUGUAGACUUCCAGGAUCGGCUGGACUGCACAGCCAUGCACUGGGCCUGUCGUGGGGGCCACUUGGAGGUCGUAAAACUCCUGCAAAGCCGAGGAGCAGACACGAACAAGAGGGACAAGCUGCUGAGUACCCCCCUGCAUGUGGCAGUCCGGACGGGGCACGUGGAGAUUGUGCAGCACUUUCUAUCCCUGGGCCUGGACAUCAAUGCCAAGGACAGAGAAGGGGACAGUGCCCUGCAUGAUGCUGUGAGGCUCAACCGCUACAAAAUCAUCAAACUGCUACUCCUGCACGGGGCCGACAUGAUGACCAAGAACCUAGCAGGAAAGACCCCCACGGACCUGGUGCAGCUGUGGCAAGCUGAUACCCGGCAGGCUCUGGAGCCCCCGGAGGGAGAGCCAGGGUCAGAGCAGAAUGGGCUGCAGGAUCCCACGGAGACCCAGCAGGAGCCCCCACAGCCUGUGCCAGCCCAGUAA